AGUAAUGGCGUUCAAGCUUCUUCUUCUUCCUCACCCUCUCUCUCUCUCUCUUGAUCUCUACAUCACUCUAUAAAACAGACCCAAACCCAGUUCUCCAUUCUCUCUCUACUUUCCAUGGCGCCCAGAAAGUCUCUUCCUUUCUGGGUCCUCACAUUUUGGGUUCUAAUCAAUACCAUCGCCAUUGUUGCUCUUGUUGUUGUUGCAGAAAACCCAGAAUCAAAAGCCCUCCUUUCCUUCAAAGCCAGCCUCGAAAACCCAGAAACUCUCGCCUCGUGGAACAUUUCGACCCCUCUCUGCGACUGGGUCGCUGUUUCAUGUCAACUCGGCCGAGUCCACUCACUCACCCUCCCCAAUUUAGGCCUCCGAGGCCCGCUCUCUCCUUCUCUCUCCUCCCUCCCCAACCUCGCCGUCCUCGACCUCUCCUCCAACCUCAUCCGCGGCCCAAUUCCGGCCCAACUCGGUGAUCUGACUCGGCUCCAGACCCUCAAACUCAGCUCCAACUCGCUCGCCGGAAAAAUCCCCUUGGAGAUCGGGAAAUUGUCUCGGCUGCAGACUCUCGAGUUCUCCGGAAAUGGGCUCGCCGGAGAAGUCCCGGCCCAAAUUGGGAACCUGACACGGCUUCAGCACCUGGACUUGGGUAACAACCUCCUCUCUGGUUCUCUGCCUUUAGCUCUGUUUCGGAAGCUUCAGUCUUUAACGACCUUCGACGCAUCGAACAAUUCGUUCUCCGGUCCAAUCCCGCCGGAAAUCAGUAACCUGAGAAACCUCACUGAGCUCUACAUUGGGUGGAACCGGUUUUCGGGUACCUUGCCUAAAGAAAUCGGAGAACUUUCAAUGCUGCAGAUUCUUUUCGCUCCGGGGUGUUACAUCACCGGUCCGUUGCCGGAGGAGUUGUCGAAGUUGAAGUCACUGUUGAGGCUUGAUCUGUCUCACAACCCUUUGAGGUGUUCUGUUCCGAAAGAGAUAGGAGAGUUGAAAGAGCUGACUAUGUUGAACUUGGGGUUUGCUGAGCUCAAUGGGACUGUGCCACGUGAGCUGGGGAAGUGUAGCAAUUUGAAGACUGUGAUGCUUUUAUUUAAUUCGCUCUCCGGGGAGUUGCCGGAGGAGCUGUCCGAGUUGCCAGUGCUGUCGUUUUCGGCUGAGCAGAACAAGCUUUCCGGGCCGUUGCCGGCUUGGCUUGGGAAGUGGAGUGGGGCUUCGGAGAUUAUGCUCUCGAACAAUUUGUUUUCGGGGAACAUUCCUCCUGAGAUUGGGAAUUGUUCUCUGCUGAUGCAUAUUGACUUGAGCAACAACUUGUUGAGGGGUGCAAUUCCACAAGAGCUGUGCAAUGCUGUUUCGCUUCUGGAGAUUGCGUUGGCCGGUAAUUUCCUUUCCGGGAGCAUUGAGAGCACGUUUGUGAAAUGUAGCAACCUUACUCAGUUGAAUUUGAUGAAGAAUCGGCUCUCUGGUCCGAUCCCGGAGUACCUUUUCGAGCUUCCUCUGAUGGCGAUUGAGCUCGAUACAAACAACUUCACUGGUGAAUUGCCUGCUAGUCUUUGGAGCUCUGUCAACUUGAUGGAGUUUUCGGCGUCCAGUAAUCAGUUGAGUGGUUCUCUCACCAAGGAGAUUGGCAAUGCUGCUGCUUUGGAAAUGCUUGGUCUGAGUAACAACCAAUUGAAGGGCACCAUUCCUAAGGAGAUAGGGAAUCUGAGUGCUCUAUCUGUUCUGAACUUGAACUCUAAUUUCCUUGUGGGGCAGAUUCCUAAUGAGCUUAGCCUCUGCAAGGGCCUCAGUACACUUGACUUGGGGAACAACCAUCUCAAUGGCUCGAUACCUUAGGAGCUUGGGGACUUUGCUGAGUUGCAGUGUCUAGUUCUUUCGCAGAAUGAUCUGUCCGGGCCAAUCCCUUCAAAGCCAUCACUCUAUUUUCGGCAGGUGACUAUCCCUGAUACUAGUUUUCUCCAGCAUGUUGGUGUAUUUGAUCUUUCCUAUAAUAGAUUGUCUGGCCCUAUACCGGAAGACUUGGGUGAAUGUGUCGCUCUAGUGAAUCUGUUGAUCAACAACAACAUGCUGACUGGGAGAGUUCCGAGAUCACUCUCUCGCUUGACGAAUCUCACAACCUUGGAUUUGUCUGGGAAUAUGCUUAGUGGUUCCAUUCCUCCAGAGUUUGGUGAUACCCCCAAGCUUCAAGGGUUGUAUCUGGGAAACAAUAAGCUUACAAGCACCAUUCCCAACAGCUUGGGUCGUUUAGGCAGUUUGGUGAAGCUGAAUUUAACUGGUAAUAAGUUAUCUGGAGCUAUACCGGCAAGUUUUGGGAACCUUAAAGGGCUGACUCACUUGGAUUUGAGUCAUAAUGAGCUGGAUGGUGAGCUUCCUUCCGCGCUUUCAAGCAUGCAGAAUCUGGGAGGGUUGUAUGUGCAAGAGAACAAGCUGUAUGGCCAAAUAGAUGAGCUGUUCUCGAACUCCAUGGCUUGGAGGAUCGAAACUGUCAACUUGAGCAAUAACUUUUUUACUGGGGAGUUGCCUCCUUCAUUGGGAAAUUUAUCAUACUUGACGUUUUUGGAUCUUCAUGCAAAUUUGUUCAGAGGAAAGAUACCUCCAGACCUUGGGAAUCUAGAGCAACUCGAGUAUUUUGAUGUUUCUAGUAAUCGGCUAUCUGGGCAAAUUCCUGAGGAAGUAUGCAACAUCACUAGUCUGGUUUUCUUGAAUUUGGCGGAAAAUGGUUUGGAAGGGCCAAUUCCCAGGAGUGGCAUUUGCAGGGACAUUUCCAAAGCAUAUGUUGUUGGUAACAGCAAAUUGUGUGGGAGAAGUGGGAGUUUAGAUUGUCGAGUUAAAAGCUUAGACAAAUCAGCAAUGCUGAAUGCCUGGGGACUUGCAGCAAUUGUAGUUGGAAGUACUCUGAUCUCUCUUGCAGUGGUCGUGGCUCUGAUCAGAUGGCUUACAAGAAGCAGCCGGCAGAACGAUCUUGAAGAAAGGGAGGAUAGCAAGCUGAAGAGUUUCAUGGAUCAUCAUCUCUAUAUCCUGAGUAAUAGCCAACCAAAAGAGCCUCUGAGCAUCAAUAUGGCCAUGUUUGAGCAGCCUCUUCUGAAACUAACUCUAGUGGAUAUCCUUGAAGCUACCAACAAUUUCUGCAAGACAAACAUUAUUGGAGAUGGAGGGUUUGGAACUGUGUACAAAGCCACUUUGUCCAAUGGUAAAACAGUUGCGGUUAAGAAGCUGAGUGAGUAUAAGACCCAGGGUCAGCGAGAAUUUAUUGCUGAAAUGGAAACCCUGGGUAAAGUGAAGCACCAGAAUCUGGUUUCAUUGCUGGGGUACUGCUCUAUCGGUGAGGAGAAGCUCCUUGUAUAUGAAUACAUGGUGAAUGGGAGCCUAGACCUGUGGCUGAGAAAUCGGAUGGGAGCUCUUGACGUCCUAGAUUGGGACAGACGUUUUAAAAUUGCAAUGGGAGCAGCGAGAGGCCUAUCAUUUCUUCACCAUGAACUAAUCCCACACAUCAUACAUAGGGAUAUUAAAGCCAGCAACAUCUUACUCGAUGAAGACUUUGAGCCAAAGGUUGCAGACUUUGGACUUGCAAGAUUGAUCAGUGCCUUUGAGACUCAUAUCACAACUGAUGUUGCCGGAACAUUUGGCUACAUUCCACCAGAGUAUGGACAAAGUGGGAGGUCGACUAAGAAGGGAGAUGUCUACAGUUUUGGUGUGAUACUGCUUGAAUUGGUGACUGGAAAAGAGCCAACUGGACCUCACUUCAAAGAGAAGGAAAGUGGAAAUUUGGUUGGCUGGGUGCUUCAGAAAGUCAAGAAGGGGCAAGCCGCUGAUGUUCUUGACCCCUUGAUACUUGGUGCGAAUUCAAAGCAGGCCAUGUUGCAAGUGCUGCAGAUUGCUUGUGUGUGCCUCUGCGACAACCCUGCCAGCAGACCUACAAUGCUUCAAGUGCUCAAGAUCCUUAAAGGGAUGAAAGAUGAGGAGUAAAGGGCUGACUGACUUCCUUUUAUGUCAACAAGGUGGUAGACUUGUUGUCAUAAUAUAAUUAUGAUCUUGUAUAAUAAUGAUGUUGUAAAGUAAUUCAGGGAAGUGCUUAUGUAUUGCACUGUACUGCUCUUAAUCUGCUAAUCUAAUCAAUCAGAAGCCAGAGUUUCACAUU